UCGGCCUCCACGCAGAUGUGUGAUGGCCUUCUUGUGAAGUUGAUGCUCCUAUGAAUGCUAAGAAGCAGCAGCACAGAACCAUGAGAGCUGGGGGAAAGUCUCAAGAGCAGCCCACGGCUUGGGACCUGGCAGUCCUACGCUUGUUCCGAGGCAGCCGAAUUGGAGAGAGGUGAAGCGAGCCCUGGCUGUUGUCAUGUCGGCUAAAGCAGUCGGACAGGUUUGCCAGUGAGCUGGUUGAGCCAGUGCUUGGAGAUGGGAAGUUACUUGUCUGCCCCAGCACACUUCACUCCUAAGAAGCCCUUUCGCUGCUCUGAAUGCCAGGACCUUCUCACAAACUGGUACUAUGAAAAGGACGGGAAGCUCUAUUGCCAUAAGGACUACUGGAGGAAAUUCGGGGAAUCUUGCCACGGCUGCUCUUUGCUCAUGACUGGACCUGUGAUGGUUGCUGGUGAAUACAAGUACCAUCCAGAAUGCUUUGCCUGUAUGAGUUGCAAGGUGAUCAUUGAAGAUGGUGACACGUAUGCCUUAGUGCAACACUCCGUUCUUUACUGUGGCAAAUGUCAUAACCAGAUUGUGCUCACGCCGAUGAUAGAAAGGCUGUCCACGGAGUCGUUAUGUGAGCAGCUGCCCUACACACUGACGCUCAUUUCCAUGCCUGCAGCCACUGAUGGCAAGAGAGGGUUGUCGGUGGCCGUCGAGGGCGGCUGUUCAAACUAUGCCACCAGCGUCCAAGUGCAAGAAGUCAACCGAAUGCAUAUUAGUCCUGAUGUCCAGAACGCUAUUCAUCCUGGAGACAGGAUCUUGGAAAUAAAUGGAACCCCAAUUCGCACACUACAAACAGAAGAGGUCGAGAGCUUGAUUCGCAAGACGAGCCAAACCCUUCAGCUGUUGAUUGAGCACGACCCCGUCUCUCAGCGCUUGGGCAGACUGCGCCUAGACUCCCGGCUGCCCACACGCAUUAAGAAGCCCUCCUCACCCUGUCCAAUUUCCACUCUGGAUCUUAAAGAGAAUCUGCAAGGAACACUACGGCGUCGCUCCCUCAGGCGAAGCAACAGCAUUUCGAAGUCUCCCGGCCCCAGCUCCCCAAAGGAACCGCUCAUCCUCAGCCGUGACAUCAGCCGUUCUGAAUCCCUCCGCUCCUCAACUAGCUGUUCCCAACAGAUCUUCCGGCCUUGCGAUCUGAUACAUGGCGAGGUGUUGGGGAAAGGUUUCUUUGGCCAAGCUAUCAAGGUGACUCACAAAGCAACAGGGCAAGUGAUGGUGAUGAAGGAGCUGCUCCGCUGUGAUGAGGAGACGCAAAAGACCUUCUUGACAGAGGUGAAGGUGAUGCGCAGCUUAGACCACCCCAAUGUGCUGAAAUUCAUUGGUGUUUUAUACAAAGACAAGAAACUGAAUCUUCUGACUGAGUUCAUUGAAGGAGGGACCCUAAAGGACUUUCUCCGGAAUGUGGAUCCAUUUCCCUGGGAGCAGAAGGUCAGCUUUGCCAAAGGAAUUGCUUCAGGAAUGGCUUAUCUGCAUUCUAUGUGCAUCAUUCACCGAGACCUGAACUCUCAUAACUGCCUGAUCAAACUGGACAAAACAGUUGUGGUGGCUGACUUUGGCUUGUCCAGGCUGAUUGUAGAAGAGAAGAAGAAGCCGAUCCUGGAAAAGCCAUCAGCCAAGAAGCGAACGUUGCGUAAGAGUGACAGGAAAAAGCGCUACACUGUGGUGGGGAACCCCUACUGGAUGGCACCGGAGAUGCUGAAUGGGCAGAGCUAUGAUGAGACGGUGGACAUCUUUUCAUUUGGCAUUGUACUCUGUGAGAUCAUAGGACAGGUGUAUGCUGAUCCAGAUUGCCUCCCUCGCACACUGGAUUUUGGACUCAAUGUGAAGCUGUUUUGGGAGAAGUUUGUUCCCACAGACUGCCCGCCUGCUUUCUUCCCUCUGGCAGCCAUCUGCUGCAGGCUUGAGCCAGAGAGUAGGCCCCCAUUUUCAAAACUGGAGGAUUCUUUUGAAGCUCUCUCUCUUUAUCUGGGAGAACUGGGAAUCCCUCUUCCCUCAGAACUGGAGGAACUGGACCAUAAUGUCAGCACACAGUAUGGGCUGAUCCGGGACAAGCUACCUGGAAACCUUACUUAGUCCUUGUGACUUUGUACAUCCGUUCCAUGGAUGGCAACUUUUGAGGCAUGAACUGCUCUCCCACACACUACCAGGGCAUUAAUAAGGCAAGAUUUUUUUUUGCCUCUUCUCUCACCUUCAGCUUCCUCCACCAUUCUCCCGUGGACUUUUGUGGCACAUUCUGGAAGCAAAAAGUGGGGGAGGGAGUUUACCUGCCAGUGGAAGGAGAUCGCCAGGUCCAGCGUGUUUGUCAGAGUCUGCUCCCAUCAUCUCAUCUCCAUAAAAUGAGAUGCCAUGAAAUGGAGACUGUCUGUCUUAGGAGAAACUUGGAUCAAGAAACUGAUGUUCUCUAGCUUUGGAAACACUACCCUUGAGGGCCUUCUUUUGAGGGGAGGUCACCUUAUUACUGUGGUGCCUUAGAACAUAAUAGACUACAAGGUGUGAAGAAGCGUGGGUGUUGCUGCACCAUGUUUGAGGUGGUAGACGUGUCAGGAACCCAGAAAGACUGCUUCCAGACCACUCUGCUUUCCUGAUCCAACAGAUCCGGAGUGAAGACCAGCCACUUGGGAGGAAACUUGCAAGGAGUUUUAGCCUCCCUGUUAAAGCUCUUGGAAUUGGGAAGUGCCUCUGGUAGGGGCAGCUGAAACACAAAUCCUCUCCAUAGAACAUUGUCCCACUCCUUGAUGUCUGUUCAUUCCACAUCUGCAAAUACCUCCAAAGACAUGUUCUAAAGUGCUAUAUGGAUAGCUGUAAACCAGAUCCCAUCAGCCCACCUCUGCUGUGGUGGCGGCAGGGGCCGUUAGGAGUUGCACACAUCAGUGGAAUGGCCCUGAACAUUGUGGGGUGAACAGGUGAAGUCGUAUCCCAGCUUGAAUACUAACAGGGCUCCAAGUGCUUCUCAUUGGGAGGUUUCCUCUGUGGCUUAAUGGGUAUGGAAAUGGCAGCUGUGCAAGUGAGAACCUGGUGUGUGUUGCUUUGAGCAAAGAACAGAUGGUAUCUUGACAUUACUCAUCCCCGACUUAGGAAUGAGCUACGUGUCUUUUUGGGGACCACUAGUUUUGAAGUUACAGUUAUAUGGCAAUAGUAACUACCUCUGUCCUUCAUUUCAGGCCUGUCAAUCCUAUAUACCCUUCCCUUCCAGGCUGAACUGCAUUCUUGGAAUGCUACUGCCUGUUCCCCACUGGCUUUGUCUUCAGACAUCUGUUUUCCAAGGAGUGGGGACCGUUUCUGGUCUUCCUCCUUCUCUUGGGAAGGUGGGUCAUUCACUACAUUGUUGCCCUUGCUCGAUUUUUACCCCCCCCCCUUUUGAGAUAGCAUCAGAGCUCUUGGAGAAACCGAGUUCAGCAUCCACAGCUGCUUUUGGAUCUCUUUCAAGGUAGACUCUUGGUGUUCUUCCCUACUCUAGCCUUGGGUGUUGCUGUGGAGCAUAUGUGUGGGGCUGGAGCUUGCUGUUUUGAGUGCUCAAAACCCAUGAAGCCUCUCCUCUCUCUAAAGAGCCAAGCCAUUUAGGACUCUGUUUUGUGCUUAAUCUGGCCCGCUGUGGCGGGCCAGUGGAGGGAGGUUGCCAGGUCCACUAUGAUUGUGUCAGAUUUUGCUUCCAUCCCUCUCAUCUUCAUAAAAUGAGAUGCUACGAAAUGGAGACUCUGUCCAUCUUAGAAGCUUGGAUCACGUGUUCAGGAAAUUCUGGGUUCUCGUGAUUGCACAACAAAAUGUUCUAUGACUAAAUUAAAAGCAAUAAUAAACUUUAUCUUAUGAAUGCGAA